AAAAUCAAAUAAAAUCAAAAUAUUUUCCUUUUCUGUGGUCACUCUGGUUACAGUAGUUCAUUAUAUUUUCGUGAGUCAAAAUGUUAUAAAAGCGGCCUGAAAUCAAAAAUUUAGAACUCCUUCUAUAAUCUAAGCGUAGUAAAUAUAAUCAUUGAAUAUUUUGAUAAUAAUAAUUCAAUUGAACAAAAAAUUUCAAAUCGCCAAGCAUUUAAAACAAAAACCAUGGAGGAAUCAAACAAACAUGAAAAUUCUGAUGUUGAAUGGUCUGUGCCUAAGUCAAAGAAAAGGAAACAAACCGGUAUGGAUGUAGACAUGCAAUCAGAUAGGAAAAGGCAUAGACCUCAUUUUCCACCUGCAAAAAGCGUUGAUUCGACUGGAAAAGGAGAGAUGAGAAAGAUCCCUGUCCCUCCAAAUAGGUAUACACCUUUAAAAGAAAAUUGGAUGAAAAUAUUUACUACUGUUGUUGAGCAUCUUCAUCUUAGUAUUAGAUUCAACUUAAAAAGAAGAAUGGUUGAAAUACAAACGUGUAAAGAAACUAAAGAUGUUAGUGCGCUUCAGAAAGCAGCAGAUUUUGUUCAUGCCUUCACUUUAGGUUUUGAUGUUGAUGAUGCAAUGUCUUUGGUGCGUUUAGAUGAAUUAUUUUUAGAAUCUUUCGAUAUUAAAGAUGUUAAAACUUUACAUGGUGACCAUAUAUCUCGAGCUAUUGGCAGACUUGUGGGUAAAGGUGGUAGAACAAAGUAUACAAUAGAAAAUGCUACAAAAACAAGGAUAGUAGUAGCUGAUAGCAAAAUUCACAUCAUGGGCUCUUACCAACAUAUUCGUGCAGCAAGAACUACUCUUUGCAAUCUCAUUUUAGGGUGUGCUCCUUCAAAAGUACAUGGUACAAUGAGACAAGUUGCCAAUCGUUUAUCAGAAUCCCUGUAGUUUUGUAAAUAAAUAUUUAUUCGAAGUUGCAA